AUGACAAAAUAAAUUGUCAAUGUCAAACUAAAAUAGAAGGCAGGCGUUCAAAAUUUUAAAAAGACAAUUAUAAAUUUAUUUAUAAUACUUUUCUUACUAAAUCAUGGCGAUGUCCAUGUUCAAAGUAACAUCUGCCUUGGUUCAUUCAUCAAAGAACUUACGAUGCGUCGUUCGACUUGCGGACCAGCGAAACUUCACCACAACAAAAGUCGUAGCGCGCAAAGAAAAAGACACCAUGGGCGAACUAGACGUCCCUGAGGACAAGCUCUAUGGAGCCCAGACCGUCAGAUCAAUCAUGAAUUUCCCCAUCGGCGGCAUUGAGGAACGUAUGCCGUACCCCGUUAUCGUGGCUUUUGGUAUCCUGAAGAAGGCCGCCGCCAAAGUUAACAUCGAGUUCGGUCUUGAUAAAAAAAUCGCGGACGCCAUAAUGCAAGCCUGCGAGGACGUGAUCUCCGGGAAGCUGUACAACGAGGGGCACUUCCCCCUCGUCAUCUGGCAGACCGGGUCCGGCACACAGUCUAACAUGAACACCAAUGAGGUGAUUGCCAACCGGGCCAUCCAGAUCCUCGGCGGCCAGCUCGGCUCCAAAAACCCCGUACACCCCAACGACCACGUGAACAAAUCCCAGAGCUCGAACGACACGUACCCCACGGCCAUGCACAUAGCCGUGGCCAUGGAGCUGAGGGACCGGCUCAUGCCCGGUCUGGUCGCCUUGAGGGACACAAUGGCCGCCAAGUCCAAGGAGUUCAGCAAGAUCAUCAAGAUCGGCAGAACCCACUUAAUGGACGCCGUGCCCCUGACGCUCGGGCAGGAGUUCAGCGCCUACGAGGCGCAACUGACUUACGGCAUCGAGAGAGUUUGCGCCACCCUCCCCCGCCUGCACUACCUGGCGCUCGGCGGCACGGCGGUCGGCACGGGCCUCAACACCCGCGUGGGCUUCGCCGAGAAAUGUGCUGCGGAGAUCGCCUCGCUCACUGGCAUCCCCUUCGAAACGGCGCCGAACAAGUUCGAAGCGCUCGCCUCCCACGACGCCAUGGUGGAGGUGCACGGCGCGCUCAACACCAUCGCCUGCUCGCUCAUGAAGAUCGGCAACGACAUACGGUUGCUCGCGUCUGGGCCCAGGUGCGGGUUAGGAGAACUAAUGCUGCCUGAGAAUGAGCCUGGAUCCUCUAUUAUGCCUGGCAAAGUGAACCCCACCCAGUGCGAAGCGCUGACCAUGUUGGCGGCGCAGGUGAUGGGCAACCACGUGGCCUGCACCGUGGGCGGAGCCACGGGACACUUCGAGCUCAACGUGUUCAAGCCCAUGAUCGUGGCCAAUGUGCUGCGGUCCAUUAGACUCAUCGGUGACGGCUGCCAGGCCUUCAACAACGGCUGCGCCAAGGGCAUCAAGGCCAACGAGGCCAAGAUCAACCAGAUCAUGAACGAGUCCCUCAUGCUGGUCACCGCGCUCAACCCUCACAUCGGAUACGAUAAGGCGGCCCAAAUCGCCAAGACCGCUCACAAAGAAGGCGGCACCCUUAAGGGAACGGCCAUCAAACUCGGCAUCCUUACUGAGCAACAGUUCGACAAGUGGGUCAGACCCGAAGACAUGCUGGGACCCAAGUAAACAACUAAUCAAGAGAAACAAUAUCUACGGAGGGUGCUGAAAU